CAGAUUCUUUUGACAUUCGAAAAUUCGUACAAAAAUAUAAACACAAUAUCCGGCGUGUUCAGACUAUGCGGCUUCAGUUGCAUAGUUUUUUCCUUGUUUUAAGUUCCUUUUUUUCAUUUUAACAUUUCGCUGCAAUGCCUCGAAAUCCAAAACAUCGAAAAAGUGCCGGUGGUGGUGCAAAGCGAUUUGGCAAAAAUUUCAAACAUCCAAAGGGAAAGCGCCCAUUCAACAAACCGAGCGGGGACAAUGAUAAAUUUAAGAAGUUCAAACAUAUCCAGCGCAACCAAGAAAGCGAAGAAGCUUUGCGAAGACAGAAGGACGUUGAAUUGAAAUCGGCACAAAAAAUGCAAGUACUCGAGAGCUCAUCCGACGAGGACGAGGUAAGUCCAAUGGAUCAGUUGUUAGAAUCGUUACAAAGUACUAAAAACCGGUCGGCUAUCGAAUCAUCAGACAGUUCAGAUGAAGAGGAUGGUGAGGAUAUGGAAGAAGAGGAAAAUGAUUCGGAUGAAGAGAACGAGGUCAAAGACCAGGUCAGUGGUGAAGAUGAAAGUGAAUCCGAGGAAUCAGACUCCGAUGAUGAUUUGCCCGAAGAGACGAUUCUUCGGCCGGAAGAGAGUAAGGAGAAGGCGACGGUUGGAAAAAAUAUCGAAGACAAUUUCGAGGACAAUGACGAUGACGAAAGCGACGAGGAGGAGUUAGACGACGAAACUGAAAAGGCAACGGAAGAGAGUCCAGAGUUGAUGGACAUGUUUUCCAUUCACUUGGACAAUGAACUCAGUCCCGAUUUAUUGGAAUGUGUUCACACCACUCGUGUAUCGCAGACGCAUGAAGUGGACUGGAAAGUCUUAGGUCGAAUUAUUGUCGAUAUUCCGACAGCGUCGAAAGCUACUGACGAAGAAGUACCGGCGAAGAAACAAAAGAAAAAUCUAUUAGGCGAUAGUGAGUGUUUUGCGGAAGAAGGACGUGUACCUGAAAGACUGAAUCACAAAACUAUGGAUAUGACGAAGUUGUUCGUUAAAAGUCAAAUGCAGCAGCACAUUGCUGAAGCGAAUAAAGCUCACCUGACCAAGGCCGGUAGCAGUGAGUCGAUUGUCACUCCAUUGCAGGCCGAAUUGUUUUCGAUCAUGAACAAUUACCAGGAUCUGUACUAUCCUCAUCGUACGCACGAAAACGGCGAAGAGAUCCGAUUUACCUAUUGCAUGCACGCCCUGAAUCAUCUACUCAAAACUCGGACCAAGAUAAUGCAUCACAACGCCAAACUUGGCAAAUCAGCUGGCGGCAAAGCACCAGCAAUCACACCGGAUGCGUAUCGUGAUCAAGGACUGUUUCGACCGAAAGUGUUAAUCAUCGUACCGUUCAGGGACUCGGCUCUGCGCGUCAUUAAAACGCUCAUUUCGUUGAUAUAUCCGGACGCCGGCAGCAGAGUGAUGCAUUACAAUCGAUUUGCGGAAGAAUUCGGCGGAGAGGGAUUGUACUUUCCGAAGCGAAAUCCAAAACCGGAAGACUAUGAACAGACGUUUGCCGGAAACUCGGAUGACACAUUCCGAUUGGGCAUUUCGUUUACACGUAAGUGUAUGAAGCUGUUCUCGGACUUUUACACGUCGGACCUACUAAUUGCUUCACCGCUCGGAUUGCGAAUGAUCAUCGGUGCCCCAGGCGAUAAGGACAGAGACUACGAUUUCCUAGCGUCAAUUGAACUGUUAAUACUCGACCAGGCUGAUCUGUUUCUGGCCCAGAAUUGGGAUCAUUUGUUGCACGUAUUGGAUCAUCUACAUCUGCAACCGAAAUCUGCCCGGAAUACCGACUUUUCUCGUGUACGGCCCUGGUGUCUGAACGGAUGGGCACGAUUUUAUCGACAAACCUUCUUGUUUUCAUCACACGAACUGCCCGAGUUCCGUUCACUGUUCAAUAGUCGCUGUGCGAAUUACCGCGGCAAAGUACGUGUAGCUAAUCCGAUCGUCACGGGCAGCAUUCGUCACGUUGCUGUGCAAAUACCUCAGACAUUUCACCGUAUCGAUGUGACGUCCAUACAAUCGUCAUUUGACGAACGAUUCAACAAUUUCGUCAAUAAAAUUCUGCCGCAAUACCAGUCAGCUUCGAUGGCCCACUGUCUAGUCUUUGUACCGAGUUACUUUGACUUUGUGCGUCUGCGGAACCACUUUAAAAAGGAGACCAUGAAUUUCGUACAAAUUUGCGAAUACACCAAGGACGCCAAAAUUGCCCGUUCCCGUGACAUGUUCUUCCACAGCGGUGCUCAUUUUCUGCUGUAUUCGGAACGAGCUCACUUCUUCCGUCGCACACGCAUCAAAGGCAUUCGCCAUCUGAUCAUGUAUCAGCCGCCCACCUGGCCGCACUUCUAUCCGGAACUGGUCAAUCUGAUGCAAGACGCUUACCAAAAUCCCCGUGAUGGCGGCGACGAUUCGAUGACUGUUACAGUUUUGUACUCGAAAUACGAUCUGUUACAGAUUGGUGCAAUUGUCGGUUCGGAACGAGCACAGAAAAUGGCUACAUCCGACAAAACGACACAAGUUUUUAUGACCGGAGAAUAAAAUGGUCAGACGGUGA